CUUUGUCUACGAUCAUCGUUAACUGAGCAUUACUCGCGGAUCUGCAAUUGCGUUUCUUAACGUUAACCGAGCCGGCUUGUUGGACCCACUUCCAUUUGCUCGACCAAACAUUGAUCUUCGCUCAUAUUUUGGGUCAGGCAGAACUCAUGUCGAUCGUUCAAAGCACUAAUAAAAGAGCGCUCCGCAAAACGAUCACCACGACCCUUCGGGAAUUAUCCCAGUCCGAUAUUCAGUCGCAAUCACAGGCCAUUACCGAAAAAGUCCUGUCGCUGCCAGCAUUCCAGCAAUGCAAGACUGUCAGUUGUUAUCUCAGUAUGCCGGCAGCCGAGGUUCAGACGACCUCUUUGAUCCUGAACAUUCUUGGUGAUCUAGGGAAGACUUUGUUCGUUCCUAGCAUCACAUCCAACAAUGGCUAUAUGGACUUUGUGCGAGUAUACACCGAAGAGGACUAUCGCAGCUUUCCAUCUGGUUUAUGGGGCAUUCCGGAGCCGACACCUGAGUGGUCAAGUAAAAAACGCCAAAGUAUUUUCGAUGCAGACUGCAACAAUCUGGAUCUAAUCCUCGUGCCAGGUGUUGCCUUUGACCGAUCAUUCUCGAGGCUCGGGCAUGGAAAGGGCUACUACGAUCGGUUCAUAACAUCAUAUUCUUCCUCUAAUGGGCGAUCGAAACCAUUACUAGUCGCUUUAGCUUUAGAGCAGCAACUUUUGGAACGUGGACAAGUGCCGAUGUUCGACCAUGAUUGGAAGAUGGACAUGAUUAUCACACCUGACAAAGUUAUCACUGCACCUCAAGAUUAAGAUGGAUACCAAGAUCCGUGAAGAACAGUGGAGAACGCUUCAUGCUCCAUGUUGUGCUGGCGACACACCUGUCAUCAAUUAUCGAUGUGGCAUGCACGGGCUGCACUUACAUAGAUCAUAUUGGUGCCGGGCCUGUCCUGAAGGGUGCGUAGGAGAU